UUCGCCAACCGUCAUUAGCAAGCGAGGAAAUAUUACCACUCGAACUAUAGUAUUAUGAAAUGAAAAAAGGCAUGAAUUAACUCCUCUAAAUGUACAGUAUAUGUAUUUUAAUUUUAGAAGAACUAUGACUUCAGUACCGCCAGUGAGGUUCUAUAAAGACCUUCCCGUGUGGAUUGUGGAGGACCAUCACAAUGUGGUGUGUCAUAUAUAUCGUGCUAUUGCAUCGAGACACCUCCCCAUGAGGAACAUUAAGCUUGUGCAUUUGGACUCCCAUCCUGAUCUGCUCAUUCCCGUCAACAUGUGUGCGGACACCGUGUUUGACAAGGACAAGUUGUUUAGUGAGCUGAGUAUCGAAAACUGGAUUAUGCCCAUGGUUUAUGCUGGCCAUGUGUCCUGUGUGGCGUGGUUGCAUCCUUACUGGGCUCAACAAAUCGUAGAAGGGGAACACACGAUGUCCGUAGGCAAAGACUCGUCCACCACCACCAUCAGGCUGACUAGUAAAGAUCAUUACUUCCUCAGUGAUGGCUUGUAUGUUCCAGAGGAUCAACUUGAAAACGGCAAAACUCUCCGGUUAAAUGUGAUCAAAGUCAAUCCCGUCUUUAGUCAACAGUCUUUUCCAGUAAAGCAAAGCGAGGAGGACGCCGAGACGUGUCUUGCCAAGAGACCCAGAAGAGAGUGUUCCCAACUUGAGGAGGCGACUUGCUCAGCGAUAAAAAGUGAGACCGUCCAACCAACAGAGGUCACACAUGAUGCCGCACAAGAUGAGAAGCGCUGCGUUAUAAAGAGACAUAACGCUGGUGAAGAUGAGGAAGGGUCCACAACAUAUGUCGUAAAGAAGAUAUCAACAUUUCUAAGUCAGACGGAGCCAUACAUCCUGGAUAUUGAUUUGGAUUUUUUUUCCUGUAAGAAUCCAUUCAAGGAAUUGUAUACACAGGAGGAGUAUGGCAUCCUCCAGGAACUCUACAGCUUUAAAGGACCUGGUACCAACGCUGAUGAGGAGGAGCUUGGUGAGUGUGUGGAUCAUCGCAUACAUCAGUUAGAGGACUUGGAAGCAGCCUUCGCUGAUCUCCUAGAAGAUGACAGAGAGGAGGUUGUUUUACACUGGGGCAGCAAACUUGAAAAGGCUUCUUUCGGUCGCCUGGUUUCCAGUUUGAAGUCAAGAAUUCCUCACCCAGAUUAUGAAAUGGUACAUCAGGCCGGUUUAACCUGUGACACGUUUGAGUUGCCUCAUCAUAUCAGCUCGGAUGAGGAGAUUGACGGACUCAUGUCAGCUGUCCAACUGUUUCUGAAGCGCCUCCCCAAACCUACUCUGGUGACUAUAUCCAGGUCCAGUCUGGAUGAAUACUGCCCAGCAGAACAAGUGGAUGCGGUCCAAGGCAGAGUACUCGCUGUACUUGAAAAGCAGUAUGGAUCAUUGGAUAUACACAAGGACUAUGAUAAUACAGACACAGGACUUGCUUAAAAGGUGUAAAUCCAAGUCUGGUGCAAUGAACCUCCCCCUCAAGGACUUUUGACCUUAAAACCUUCCCUUGUGGAAAGCCCCGUUCAAGUCUUCCCUGAUUGUGAAUUUGUCAAUUCAAGGCUGCUUUAACAAUGAAUUAAGAUAGACGUCGUUCACAUCA